AUGAACAAUGCUGAGAUCAUUGGUUCUACAAAUCUUAUUAUUCUGCUAGAGGAUGAAAUCUUUGCUGAUUUUUUCAACACGUUUCUUUCUCUCCCGGUCUUUGGUCAGACACCAUUUUACACUGUUGAAAAUUCACAGUGGACCUUGUGGCCAGAAAUACCUCAUGACUUGAUCGCAAAGUACAAAGGAUUAUUGACCUGGUUGGAAAAAUACCGGUUACCUUUCUUCUGUAAAACCAACUUGUGUUUCCAUUACAUUCUCUGUCAGAAGUUCAUCAGUUUCAUUAAGUCCCCAGAAGGAGGUGAAGAGCUGGUAGAUUUCUGGGUUCUUGUUGAGAAGAUCCUGAGCAUAGAUGAGAUGGACCUGGAAGUGAGGGACUCCUACCUGUCCCUCCUCUUCGUGCUGAAGGCCACCCACCUGCAGGAGAGCUCCAGGGUGGCGACUCUCUGCAACACGAACAUAAAGUCCCUCCUGAACCUUUCCAUCUGGCAUCCCAACCAGUCAACCACCAGAAGAGAGAUCCUGAGCCAUAUGCAGAAAGUGGCUCUGUUCAAACUUCAGAGCUACUGGCUCCCCAACUUUUAUACCCACGCCAAGAUGGCCAUGGCCAAGGAGGAGUCAUGCCAGGUGCUGAUGCAAGAAUAUGAGACUCGCCUGUACAGUAUUUGCUACACCCAUGUAGGAGGGCUCCCUCUGAACAUGAGCAUCAGGAAGUGCCACCACCCCCAGAGGUGGUACUCGAGCAGGAAGACCAAGAGGAAGAUGUGGCAGUUGAUAGACCCUCGAUCUUGGUCUCUGGAAAUGGAUCUCAAGCCAGAGAGCAACCUUUGCCUCCCCCAGGAGCUGUGUCCUCAGGAGAAGGUUGUUAUACAACUGCCCCCCCUGAAAGAGGCCUCUUCAAAGGAGAGAAGAAGCAGUUUUCUGGAAAAAGACAUUCUCUGUACCAGGAAGUCGAACAUGAAGAAGAAAGCCAAGAGCCAUCUCCACAUGGAGGGCCUCUUUGAGACAGCAUUCUCGACCCACCUGAGGACUGUCACCCCCAUCAUCAGUCACUCCCACCACACGACAAUGAGGAAAGCCAUCAAGCAAAACCACUCCUUGGGGUACACCCACUGGGCCUUGUGUGCUGAUGCCUGUGCAGGGGGUCCCUUCCGGGACCACCUGAAGAAGCAAAAUUUGAAAGAGGAGAUCCAACUCCUGGACCUCUGGCAGGAUCUGCACCAUUUCCUCAGUGUCCUGAUGAGUAACAGGAAGACUGGGAAAGCCAUCUUUCGGCACAUGCUGGGCAACCGAAUCUGUGAGCUCUACCUGAAUAAGCAGAUUGGUCCAUGCUUACCACUGAAGUCCCAAACCAUCAAAGGCCUGAAGGAGCUGCUGCCUUCUGGGGAUGCAAACCCCUGGAUUCCCAGAGCUCAGAAGGAGAUCUGUCAGAUGCUCAGCCCCUGGUAUGCCGAAUUCCUGGAUGAAGAGGACUACUGGUUUCUCAGUUUUACAACGCAGACCAAGGUCGUCAGCAGCAGGUGGCAUAAAAGAGAAUCGAUAAGCAAAGAAGAGAAUCUCCUUCUUUAUAGGAGGUUUGAGGAAUCUCUAGAGUUAAGCCAGGGCUUGACUAACAUGGAAGAAAUGGAAUCCAUGCAGUGGCAGAGGAUCGCGACUGAGGACCUGAAGCAAGGCGGAUCUCUCCGCGUAGAAAGGAGGUCGCCAGUGUUUCUGGCAGACAUGGAGAAAAUGUCCUUUGAGGAACUCUGCUAUCAGUACCCAAAGGUGGCCGUAGAGAAGAUCAGUGAUGACUACAAGACAUAUUGCGAGAAAGCACCUCAGACAGAUUUUACAGUGAAAAUUGUCGAAGAACCAAGGAUGCUUUCAACCUCGCGUAGGAAAAUGUCGCGCUUCAGAAAGACUGCUUUAAGGAAGCCCUCAGUAAGACCCAGAAACUUGACAGAAGUCCUCCUAAACCCACACCACUUGGAGUUCUUCAUGGAGUUCCUGAAAGAACGGAAGGCUGACAGCCCAUUGCAAUUCCUGAUGGCCAUACAGAAGAUCACUGUUGAGAGGAAUGAAAAGAUUUACAAUUCUCUCCUUGAAAACAUAGUCAAGACUUUCUUCCAGGGCCAAAACUCUCCUGAAGAAAUACUGCAGUGCGAUGCCCCUGUUAUCAAAGAAGUCUCUCACAUGAGUCACAUUAGCACAGCCAUGUUGUUACUGCUCCAGAGCUAUGUCAUGAGGUCUCUGGAAGACAGGUGGUUUAAAGAUUACCAAGAUCUGUUCCCACAUCACCGUCAGGAGAGGGAACGUGAAACCCUAACUUCGACCAGGAAGUCCUCAAAGACAACGGCAACUUACCUGCAUGGAUCCCAGAAGAGAGGCUUGCUGAAGAUGAUCAGCUUUAUCAAGAGCUUUUGUAAGUACCGCAGAUGUAUGUCUAAUCUCCAAAAGCGCCGGGAGUUUGAAGACUAUCUUCACCUGGAAGUACAUGAUAACAAGGAAAAUUUCUCCAUAUCCCCAAACACACCAGGACGCCUGGCCACAAAUCCCACCAGUGUCCGGGGUGCAGACCAUGAGAAUGGAGACAUAACCCUUGUGAAGCGCCGGAUAUUUGGCCACAGGAUCAUCGUUGUCAACUUUGCCAUCAAUGAUUUAUAUUUCUUUUCUGAAAUGGAGAAAUUCAAUGAUUUGGUGAGUUCAGCUCAUGUGCUGCAAGUCAACCGGGCGUACAACGAGAACGAUGUGAUCCUCAUGAAGUCCAAAAUUAACAUCAUCCUAAAGCUCUACCUGCAUUCAGAGGUCCCCCCAAGGCUGCGGGUGAACAUCUCUGAGUCCCAGAAGGAUGCCAUCCUUGCUGCCAUUUCAGAGGGCCACUUAGACCGGAGCAUCUUCCACGGGGCUAUCAUGGCUCUCUUCCCUGUCAUUAUGUACUUCUGGAAAAGGUUUUGUGUCUGGAAGGCAAUUUGCUCUUACUUCCAGUACAGGGGGAAGAAUUUCGAGGACAAAAAGACUGCUUCUAUAUCUGUGUGCAAGUACCCUCCUUGGAGCGGAGGAGACCACGCCGUCUUAAGAUUCACCUUGCUCAGAGGUAUCGAGUGGCUGCGGCCCCAGCAGCGGGAAGCAGCAGUAAGCUCGGUCCAAAACUCUUCAUCCAGCAUCCUUAUCCAGUCAAGACACGUGUUCUCCUCCAUGCAGCUGUGUCCUGUCCCAGGCCUGAAAUUAGCCGGCACCAAAAAGGAGAAGUAGUCGAGUCCGGCCCACGACAGAGGCACGUCGUCUCUCAGGAGCCUCCUCCCACUGACAGAACCUUCUCUGGCCGGAAGCGAAAUGCCCCGACGCCAUCUGCCCCCAGGACGAUCGCUGGGCCGGCAGCCC